AUGGAUCCCCCUCCAUCCUCUCAAUAUCAACUUCAUGAUGAUUCUCAAGACGAAUCCCAAGACGAGCCUCAAAUUGCUCCCCCUCCAUCCUCCCAAUCCCACUUUGACAAAUUCCAAAACUUCACGCCUAGCCACGACGCGCCCUUCGACAAGGAAUUCGCCCGCCUCGCCUUAUCCCAGCAAUGGAUCCCCGGCUCCCAGCAAUACACAAAGCAGCGCACAAUCGCCAUGCGCGAAGAGCUCAAAACGCACUACUUCUCCGCUCAAUCCCAAAACCCCAACAGCAGCACCCAGGAAGAAGAAGCAGAGCUCACGGAGGAAGAAAUCCUGCAGGGCUACCAAGAUCUAUGCGUCGAGGUCGGCAUCCCGCCGUGUGACACUACUGCUGAGUGCAAGGAGAAUCUUAAGAAGAAGCUGGUUAAUAUUGUGGAUUUGAUUGAUGCGAGGCGCACGGGGAAAAAGGUGAGGGUGUGGCGCGACUUUCAGGCGUUUCGGAAGUAUACAUUGCAAAAGGAACAUAGAAUCAGCGUCGACGAGGCGAAAAAGGAUGGUGGGUAUCUUUCGUCUUUGCUGCAGCAUUUGCGACAUCCGCGGGACCAAAGAAGAUCCAAAUUGAAGAAGGCGCGGGUAUGA